GACUCGUCUACGUUUCCAUAGUAACAAGACGCCGCAGUCUUCAGUGUUGAUUGUAACACCAGUCAGAUAAAACUUCAACAACUGUUGGUUUUCUGCAAUUGAAGGUAACUUUAUUUAAGUAUGGAGGGUGUUUCGUUUAGACAGCCAAAAGUAUGAUUUAAAGCUGUAACACCAGCUAGUUUGUGAUAUUCUGCUUAAGUAGGCAAGAUGAGAUAGGCCCUGACCCGGGAUGGCCUGUCUAAUAUUUCAUUACCAUGUAGGUCAACAUGUUAAAGUGGUAGUCUAAAGGUUGUUUAACUCAGGUUUAAUGAGGACUUAACUAUUAUAAACUUGUUAUGAUUUUGUACUGAAACAGAAUGUUUUGAUGACUGGUUUUGGUUUCUUUUACAGGCACUCCAAUGAUGUCAGCCUCUCAAGAAGGGAAUACAAGAACCUGUGCUAACCCUGGAAACCCAGUUUUCUCCUGCAUGAUGACUCCAGCCAUCAAAGCUGCACCUUCGCCGUGGACAAAGCCUCAGAAUCCUCUCUACAGGACCACAUCUGAAGACUAUGGUCUUUACCCUCCAUCUUUUGAAAGUGCUCCAUGUACCUACCACCCCAAGUCACAACGAUUCUCUGAACACCUGGGCAAGAGUGGGAUGAAUCAAGACACCUCCCUCAAUACAACCUUAGACCGAAGCAGGGUGCAUGACUGUCCUAAUUUACAACGUACACUCUGAAUAUAUGGUUGACUUUGUUUAAGACUGCAGCUACUCAUGCAGUUUUCUGAUCCUUGUGAAAUGUACUUUUGCAAAUGAGUAAAAAAGUGUUCAUAAACAAGAAUGCCUGUACAGCCUUGUUCUUUGAUGAUAAGCAGGGACCCUUUUACUACAGCUUUAGAUCUAAAGAGGAUAAUACCUCUUUUGAAACUAACAGGUUAUGUUUGUUUAGUCACUGACUUAAGAAGGAAAUAAAUUGGUAUUGUUAUGUAUUUUUGUCAUCACCAUGAUAAACCUUUAGACAUUGUACUGGCACAUGGAGAUUUCAUGGAACUAUUGUCAAAGUAUUUCUUGCACUUAGAUGCAGUGCAGUUUUGUUUUAGGAACUGUAGCUCUUUAUGUUUAGUUCUAGAGUGCACAUUUGGAAAAAUCAACCCUGGCUGCAAAGUAAUGAUGCAUUCAUUCAUUCUGUGUUUCACUGCAGCUGUGAACUAGCAGAGCUGUGUUAUUUUAAAAGUGUUAAUAGCUCUAUUUUUUCAAAGUUGGGAAAUCGUGCAUUUCAUCAGCUAACUUUCAGAUGUCAGAUUAAGGACUGGCUGUCUAUGGUAGCCUAUGAAAUAUACAUAAUAAUAUUAUUCAAAUUCAAACAUUAAGUGAUUUCCUGUAAUAAAUAUGACUUUCAGUUGACCCGUGUUCUUGAGAAAGUUUGUCUCUUGGCAUGUGGCUGCCUUUUAUUUAUUCACAUGUAAUUACGACCUUUAUUUAUA